AUGUCAUCUCAACAACAAUGGGGAUCUAAUGCCAUAACUCCCGACGUGGAUGAUUUCAUUAUCCCAGAUGAUGAUUUCUCUGCUCCACCACCACAGCCACGUAAUCAACAAUCAACAUCCAACAUCCCACAAGCAUCUUCCUCCAGUCCAUUCUCCCCCUUCAAUCUCGUACCAAAAGUAGAUCUAUCAUCCACAUUUACUUCAUUUGCAGCAUCUACUUCUGCUCAAUUACCUGAAAAUACCAAAGUCAAAGAACGUCAAUAUACAGGUGGUGAUACAUUAGAUGAACCAAUUUUAGAAACUUUAAAACGAGAUUUAUUACAAAUAGGUAAACGAUUAACUAUAGUUAUAUGGCCAAUGCAAUUGAAGAAAUUAGCACAAUUGCAACAGAAUAGAUUUUUGGAAUUUGCGAGUACCAAUGGAGUUCAAUUGCCACAACUGAUUUUGAAUUCUCGGGUUAUUCCUGUGUCCGAGGAAGAAGAAGAGGAAGAGGAGGAGGCCGUGACUGGGAUUUCUAGUGGAGAGUUGAUUACUCAAGAUAGUUUAGAUUGGGAUCUUUGGGGUCCAUUGAUAUUUUCAUUAACUUAUUCAGUUGCUUUGGGAUUAAGUGCAAGUAAAAAUCAAACAAAUCAAGUCUUUUCAGGUAGUUUUGCAUUUAUUUGGAUAUUAUAUGUUAUAAUUGGAUUAAAUGUACAAUUAUUAGGUGGGACGAUUUCUUUCAUGUCGGCAAUUAGUGCAAUUGGUUAUUCAAUGUUUCCAAUUGUUAUUGGAGAAUUGAUUUGUUCAUUGGUACUUAAAUGGAAAUUUAUUAGAUUGAUUUUAAUGUUGGUUUUAAAUUUAUGGAGUAUUUAUGCUGGGGUUAUGAGUUUGAAAUGUUCUGGUGUACUUCCUGGUAGAGUUUUAUUGGCAAUUUAUCCAGUUAUAUUAUUCUAUUCUGUACUUUCAUGGUUAACAGUUAUAACUUAA